GUAUCGCAUUUCGCAGGGUCUCCGCGUUCGUUGUAUUCUACUGUAAUCACCCGAUUCUGCAUUGCACUAUAAAACAUCAAGCAGUUUAGUAAUUGUCUAAUCUGGGAGAAACAGUAAUCGUCGUAAAUCAACAAAAGCGCAUUCAAUCGAAAUCAGCGCCAGGUUUGAAUUGCGCGCCUUUUCUUGUUCUCGCGAAAAUGAGUGAAUGAUUACGACCGGAGAGAGCUACUAAUUUCUCUCAGUUCCAUUCGGUCAGUGUGUUGUAAGUUUGUUCAACGGAUGAAAAUGACGGUCAAACUGCAAACGGUUGGACCACCUCCGAUUCGACCGGCGUCACAUUUGUCAGCCGCCAGUUCAGGCCAUCGAAGUUCAAUGAUGUCCUCGAAUGCAUCGCUGGAGGCAGCCAGCGAGAGCAAACGGCGCUCAAUUCUGAUUCUCUCGCUGCUAGCGGUGAGCGCGUUUUUGUUUGUGCUCUGCCUCUGUCUGUUAUCUGCGCUGGUGCUGGUCGGCAAAAGCUUGUCGGCACAUCACUCUAGUCCCCUGCUCUCAGCGUAUCUCAGCCGUAUGUCAAACGGAGCCGGGUCGACAACAACAACUGGCACAACAACAGUGUCUGUCAAAAAAACCGGCAAAAGCAUUGAUCAUUUUAAUCGUCCUGCUUUGUUUGACGAAGAUACGGGAACGUCUGAUAAGGCUGAAGAAGAGGUCAAUCGAACUGCAAUCGUACUACCUAACUCAGUGUACUCGGGAACGACAAUGAACAACGUGUUGAAAAUAGGCUCCAAGGUGGUGGAAAAGUUAAACUUUCGACUGCCGCGACAUGUGAAACCAAGGCACUACGAGCUGCGCUUACAUCCGGAUCUGGAACAGCAAACAUUUUCUGGUCAGGUCGGAAUCGACAUCACGGUAAGCGAACCGACAAACUACAUCGUGGUGCACAGUAAUCAGCUUGCAAUCAACGAAACGGCAGUGAAAAGAUUGCUUCCGGAUCGCUCGGAAGUGCCGGUUGUGGUGAAGCAGGCCUAUGCCUUCGACCCGCAUCAGUACUGGGUGGUUGAAACGGAUCCCAUUGAAAUGGGGGAGUAUAGGCUGAGUAUGAAUUUCAGCGGCAGUUUGGCGAACCGGAUUGUGGGAUUCUACAGCAGCAGCUAUCGGGACAAAAGUACUAACACCACCAGGAAAAUCGCCACAUCCAAGUUCGAACCGACUUUCGCUCGCCAAGCCUUUCCAUGUUUCGAUGAGCCGCAGCUGAAGGCAACCUACACCAUUAGCUUGGUACAUCCAAACACCAACAACUAUCAUGCACUGUCCAACAUGAAUGUCGAGCAAACGCUCGAAAACGUUCCGUCUACUGGCUUCAAUACUACCGUGUUUAACCCCAGUGUUCCGAUGAGUACGUAUCUGGUGGCGUUUAUUGUGAGUGAUUUCCAGCACGAGAUGGUAGAGAUCACACCCACAAUAGGUGAUCCAUUUGAGCUGCGCGUCUACGCCACCCCUAUUCAGAUGAAUAACGUGCGUUUUGCUCGUGAUACAGCUGAGAAGGUGAUUCAACAUUAUAUAAAUUAUUUUAACAUAUCAUAUCCACUGCCAAAGCUGGACAUGGCCGCCAUUCCGGAUUUUGUUUCUGGUGCCAUGGAAACAUGGGGAUUGGUGACGUAUCGCGAAACUAGCAUCCUGUAUAACCAAGAAACAAGUUCCACGGCUAACAAGCAGCGAGUUGCCGAGGUAAUUGCCCACGAGCUGGCACACAUGUGGUUUGGGAAUCUGGUCACGAUGAAGUGGUGGAACGAGUUGUGGCUUAACGAAGGAUUCGCCAGUUAUAUUGAGUACAAGGGAGUUGAUAGUGCCUAUCCAGAGUGGGGUAUCAUGGAACAGUUUACGAUUGAUAAUUUGCACGGCGUGCUAACCUUAGAUGCUACGAUUGGUUCUCAUCCGAUUGUGGUCAAGGUGGAAACCCCAAAUCAAAUAACGGAAAUUUUCGACACGAUCACGUACUCCAAGGGUGCAUCGGUGAUUCGAAUGCUGGAGGACUUCGUUGGUGAAACAGUGUUCAAAGCUGGAGUGACCGCCUACUUGGACAAACUUAAGUACGGGAACGGAGUAUCGGAAGAUUUAAUGGAAGAGCUAGAUGAACUGUACAGUGAUCCUGAUGAUUCAACGGUCACUGUAUCUUCGGUUAUGGAUACCUUCACAAAGCAGAAAGGAUUUCCAGUUGUUACCGUUGAAAUCGUUGGGAGUCAAUUCCACCUUUCGCAGUCCCGAUUCCUUGCCGAUCCGGAAGCAAACGACACUGAAGUUUCGGAGUUCGGUUACAAAUGGUACAUUCCGCUCACAUAUAUAACUGCGAGUCAACCAGCGCAGACGCAACGCAAGUGGUUUCCUAGUUCGAGAGAGAAGGUGUACAUUGACAUGGAUACUCCGAAUUCAUGGAUCAAGCUAAAUCUCGGGCAGGUCGGCUAUUACCGUGUCAACUAUCCCACCGCUAUGUGGGAGCAGUUUAGUAAUGAUCUUGCGGUCAAUGUGAAUGCUUUCAACAUUGGAGAUCGAACUGGGCUGUUGAAUGAUGCAUUUGCGUUGGCCGAUGCCUCGUUACUGCGGUACGAUGUGGCACUUGGGUUAACCAAAUUCCUGCGGAGCGAGACGGAGUACGUUCCGUGGGCAACAGUUUCCAGCAAGCUGAAGUCAAUCCGAAACCUGAUCUACGAUUACGAAUCGUAUGAUGAUUUAAUGGCUUAUACUCGUAAUCUCGUGGUAGACGCAUAUGAAGCCGUUGGAUGGGAUGUUCCGGAAGAGCAAGACAAUCGGGAUCAUAUGAAGAAUCGGCUUCGGGCCACUAUCCUAGAUCUGGCCUGCUCAUUCGACUACGAACCGUGCCUUGAAGUAGCCUAUUCGAAGUUCCAGGAGUGGUUACAAAACGGAACGGUUAUCCACCCGGAUGUGCGUUCGGUAGCAUACUUUUACGGAGUGCAGAAAUCUAGAACCGAAGAAUGGCGUAUGGUGAAGGAACGAUACCGCACGGAAACCGAUGCCAACGAAAAGUCCAAGCUGAUGAGUGCCUUGACGGCACUCCCCAAUGCCAGAGUGUUGGCCGCUUUCUUGGAAGAUGCCUGGGACCCGACACUGGUACGAGAGCAGGACCAUCUGAGUUGUAUUCAGAGCGUUGCUGCCAAUAAGGCAGGAGAAGCGGUGGCGUGGGAUCACGUGCGAGAAAACUGGGACCGACUGGUAGAGCGGUUUACACUAGGCGAAAGGAACCUUGGUCGAAUGAUUCCGUCCGUUACCGGUCGGUUUUCAACCAAGGUGCGACUGCAGGAGCUCGAGGACUUCUUCCGGCGGAAUCCGGAUGCAGGAGCUGGAGCCACCGCUAGGGUACAGGCUUUGGAAAACAUUUCAAACAACAUCAAGUGGCUGGACCGGAACCAACAAAUCAUUGCCGAGUGGUUAAAAGUAGAUGCGGUACCGGCUCGUUAGAAGUUUAUUUUGAGUUGGUUUGUUUUUCGUUUUAACCGAAAGUGAAUUGUGAUUAGAUAUUAACGAUGCAGUUUUGUGAAGUGGAUGGAUAGCAAUCUACUUAAAUUAAAAACGAAUGCAUAAAUAAUACUUGGUGGCGAUGAAGCGACACCCUAAACUAUUA